UACUCUGUGAUAUACUCAAUGUCUGGCAUGGGAAGUAAAAGAGAAGCAAUGAAGAAAUCCGAGUGCCAUAGAGGUGUACAGUUAAGAAACAGAGUAACAGAUAACUGUGAUCAAAGGACAUCAUCAAGUGCACAAAUAAAACAUAGCACUACAGUUCAACAAAGGAAAUCCUCCUCAUCAACCAGUUCUCCAGAAUCUGCAAGAAAACUUCAUCCUCGACCAAGUGAUAAACUUAACCCUAAAACAAUUAACCCUUUUGGUGAACAGUCACGAGCCCCUUCUGCCUUUGCAGCUAUUUACUCUAAGGGAGGUGUUCCUUGCAGAUUGGUCCAUGGUUCAGUAAAACACAGGUUACAGUGGGAGUGUCCUCCUGAAAAGCUUCCAUUUGAUCCUCUUCUUAUUACUUUAGCUGAGGGUCUGAGAGAGACUAAACAUCCAUACACCUUUGUGUCAAAGGAGGGUUUUAGAGAAUUACUUUUGGUCACAGGUGCUCUUGAAAAAGCUGUGCCUUUGCUUCCUAGACUGGUUCCUGUGCUGAAGGCAGCUCUGGUCCACUUGGAUGAUGAAGUGUUUGAAAGAGGAUUGAAUGCUCUGGUACAGUUAAGUGUCGUUGUUGGCCCUUCUCUAAAUGACCAUCUGAAACAUCUGCUUACAAGUCUUUCCAGGAGACUAAGGGACAAGAAAUUCAAAGAACCAAUCACCACUGCAUUACAGAAGCUGGAGCAGCAUGGUGGAAAUGGAAGCCUUACCAUCAUCAAAUCUAAAAUUCCAACAUAUUGCUCCAUAUACUGCUGAAGAAAGUAGCCCUGGUGACAGGUGUUAAACGCUGACCAUGGGUAUGCACGGAACCUUUUCAGAUUCACUUCACUUUAUUCUUCUGUAAAUCACAACCACCCUUCAUUAUUGCUGGCUUUAGAUGAGUAUACACAAUUCCACUGAAUCAUAGUACAAGUUACUCAUUUAAAAAAAAGAAUGGUUAAUGAUGGAAAACUAUUUUUAAAAAGUUCU